AUGAGCAACAACAUACUGGCGACGCACGGAAACGAGAGGACCAUGAACCUCAACUCGGUCAUCUUCCAAAACAUCAUCGACUCGCCCUACCUCAAGACCAUUGCGUACGGAGACCUGCCUUUGUUGCGUCCUGUUAUGACCUUCCCUGCUCCUCCCAUUGAGUUAGAGACCUUCCAUGAAGUCCAGACUGAGGCACAGCGAAACGUGAAGUCCAUGGAGCCGUUCUUGAAAGGAACAACGCCUUCAACCGCCUGGGUUCUCAUGUACAAGUUUUGGACCCUUCGCCUUACAGUGAGGCAGAUCGAGGGCUUGAUUGAUAACGCCCACUCGGUGUAUUUGCGUGGCCUUGGAUUCCUGUACCUGAGAUUUGUGUGUAAGCCCGAUCAGCUUUGGGACUGGAUGGGAGAUUAUCUUGAGGACGAUCAGGAGAUUACGCUCCAGGCCGGACCCAAGCCCGUCUACUCAACGAUCGGCAAGAUGUGCUACAUGCUUUUGCACGAUCAAAAGUUUCAAGGCCAGAUGUUGCCAAGAAUCCCCGUUUUGGUGAUGCGUGACUUGGAGCAGAAGCUGGAACCAUUUGCCGAUGUCGGUCGCGCCAAGGCUGGUCAACGCGACCAUUUCAAGUACAUUGAGUAG